CCAAUCGCCCCUUUUCCAAUUACACAUACGAUAUCGAUCCACCGCAUCACCAUUCAUCGCCUCAUCUACUCCAUUUCUCGAUUCCUCGAUGGAAUUCCAAAAACCAGAUGUAGCGACAUGCCACCCUCCAUUUUAUUCUACUCAUUAUCUAUUUAAUUACGGCUUCGAUUUUCCAAUAAAUCCUUCUAUAUUCGAUUAGGGCUUCGAUUUCCAACAAACUACCGCUCAAAAGCUAGAACAUCCGUCGGAUUAUCUGCAACAUGAAGUCGAUUUCUGGCCGGCGAUUAGGCUUUCCAAUUCAGUUCCGGCCGGUUCUCACGGAUAUCCCCUCUAUCAAUAAUCAUCAUUACAGGAACGCUUUAUGUCUACUUUCUGUACAGAUAUGCCACCUAGCAAAGGUCUUUAGAAACCCUUGGAAAAUUGCACGAGAGAUCAACCAGAAGAACGGAGAUGGGGAAAGGUCUACCUCUCUAUCUAGAUAUCGCCAAAAACCAAAGGCGUGUGUAAAAAGGGUGAAGGGAGAUCAAAGCGGAGAAAAGCAUUCAAAUAGCCAGAUAUUCAAGCUAUUAAACUUACUCAUGUUUCCAAUGAUGUUGGUGUUACUGGGAGACCGAAUGUUGACUGGUUUGAGCAUGAUUCUGGACAUCUGGAAGGUUCUGCGAUUGGUUUUAAGGGAGAGGAUGAACCCAAUUUCAUUGGGUCAUUCUAUUCCAAGACCAAGGCUAUGGUUGAGCUUUUGAAAGUAUACGACAACGUAUGCACACCCUGAGCUCUUUACCAGGAAGUGGGGAACGUUCGGUAAUGUAGCUUACUAUUAUAGUAGUUGUGGCUGAGGUCGUGUUUGUUCAUCUUUCACUAAUGGACCUAUGGUAUUUCAAUUCUGAAGUUCACAUUUGCAUUAUCAGCCAAAAUAAAUUAGAUUUUAUCUUUGGAAUUUGCAUCUGUGAUUUAAAAAGCACGCCUUAGUCGCUCAGAGGCACUAGGUGGCAGAAGGCGACAGGAGAAACACCUCCAGCCUCCAAGGCGACGUUGUAUAUAGGAGGCGUCGAUCUGGGAGGCAGCAAUUCCUUUUGGGAUUCAUAUACUAAUGACCUUUGGGCUUUGAGUUUUGGGCAAUUUUUACACUUCAGGAGCAUCAACGUCGACUGUCCAUCCAGUUAUAGCAAUAAAACAUGUGAUUUUUUGUCCUACACUAGUUAUCCAUUAUGGUUUAUAAAUGUUAUUUUAAAACUUACACACGUUUAUAAAUGCUAUCUCAUUGCCAUCA